CUCCAACACCGAUUCUUAUAAUGCGUCCAUCUAUCUCAACCGCAAUGCCACCAGCAAAUAACUCUCCAGCUCAUCCUGCCACGCGAGCUUUACAUGCUGAUGACCCCUUAAACCAAGUGACGGACGUUGCGCCUCCAAUCCACUUGUCCACGACAUAUAGAUAUCCCAAUGAACCGGAAGACUUGAUCCCCAGCGCAGAUCCUGUUGUACGUAUAUCCACCCAUCCAUCCAUUCAUUCAUACGUAUAUACAUACCUCCUUCCCUAGGAAAAGAACAGUAACUACCCCCUCCCUCUUCAUAUCCAGAACACUAACACAAAACAAUACCCUCUAGGCCGAAUUCACCGGAAAAAAACUACAUCUACUCCCGCGAAUUCGCACCCAACACCACACGUUUCGAAACCAUCCUCUCCUCCCUCCUCCACGGCCACACAAUCAGCUACUCCUCCGGCCUCGCCGCCCUCCACGCGACCCUAACUCUCCUAAACCCUCACCACAUCUCCCUCGGCGACGGGCUACCACGGCAGUCACGAAGUAAAUCUCCGUAAUAUCCCGUCUAUCAGGUCUACAGAAACCCCCCCCCCCCCCC